AUGUCGCCCUCGAUGACCUCGCCCCACUUGUUGUCUCAAUCCGCGAAAGCGAUCGACGGCCAGCGCCGCAACCUCGCCCUGUACGAAUACCUGUGCCGCGUUCGCGAAACGCAAGAGUGGCUCGAAGCGUGCAUCACCACCCGCCCUGCAGACGCCGGCCCUCUCUGGUCCGGUGACAACGUCAACGAGUUCGAGCAAUCGCUUCGCGACGGCUAUGCGCUCGCCCACUUAGCGCGCAGUCUCGGUUCAGACGCGUGCAAAGGACCGAUCUACAACGACCCGGUCCGUCAUUUCCGCCACACCGCCAACUUGGCCAUCUUCUUCCGCUUCAUCCACGAGGUCGAGUUGCCGGACAACUUCCACUUCGAGACCGUCGAUUGCUACGAUGGCAAGAACUUGCCCAAGGUCAUCUACUGCAUUCAUGCGUUGUCGGCGUGGCUCCAUCGACGCGGUAUCACGGCGGGCAUGCAGAGCUUGAACGGUCGGGUCGAGUUCACCGAGGAGGAGUUGGCCCAGGGUGCCAAGGGCCUCGAUGGCGUGCGCAUGCCCAACUUCAGUGGUAUUGACAAGGCGCUUAACAAGACCCAGGGCGGACCGCCUCCUGAAACCGAGCGCCAGAGGACGGACCGGCUCCUCGGUGAACGAAUCGACGAUAUCUUGGGGCUGCAGGCUCAGGCCCGAGGCGUGCUGGCGAGGAACAAGGCCGAACGUUUGGCACACCAGUUGAUGGUCGAGGAGAGAAGACGACAGGAGGAAGCAGAAGAAGCGCUACGCCGACAGGAGGCUGAGGAGCGACGUCAACGGGAGUGGGAAACUGCGGAACGACUGAGGACGGAGCGCGAGGCGGAAGAAGCCGAGCGUCGUCGCAUCCUCGCCGAGGAAGAGGCUGAACGUCGACGCAUUCUCGCCGAGGAAGAGGCCGAACGUCGACGCAUCGAGGAAGAGGAGGAAGAAGAGCGACGGCACAUCGCCGAAGUCAAGGCCGCGGCACCGGCGUUGCUCGCGUUCCAAGCCGUGGCUCGUGGAGUGAUCGCUCGUCGCGGCCUCUUGAAUCGGAUCCGUCACAUGCGCUCGGCCGAGAACUUUGUUGCCGCCGCGCAGGCCCACGCCCGAGGAUGGCUCGCUCGUACGGCGUAUGCUCGCCGCAAGCGAUUGGUCCAACGCGUCGAAGUCGUGAGGGCGACGAACGCGUUCCAAUCCCAUGCUCGCGGGUUGUUGGAACGUCGCAAGCGCGAAACGCAACGCCAACAAGUUGGGUUCGUCGCCCCUUGCUUGAUUGGUCUGACGGCUCAGGCGCGAGGCUACGUGGGACGCAACAAGUUCCUGGCGUGGCGUGAGCACAUGUAUGCGCAUGAAGAUUCGGUGAUUGUCCCACUGCAAGCGAUCUUGCGAGGUGCGCUCGUCCGUCGACGAUACGACGACAAGCGCCGACAGCUCUAUUAUGCCGACGAUAGGGGACUGUUUGCUCGCAUGCAAGCGCGAAUUCGUUCGGCGAGACAAGAGGACCAGUACCGUCAACUACGCAUGGGUACAAAUGUCCCCAUCUCGACGCUCAAAAACUUUGUUCGCUUGCUCGACGAUUCCGAGUUUGACUACAACGGGGAUAUGAUGGUCGAGGCGUUGCGCAAGGAACUCGUUGCCGCUAUCAAGGAGGCGCAGGAUCUCGAGGAUGACGUCAAGGAUCUCGAUACCAAGAUCGCUUUGCUCGUCAAGAACAAGAUCACGCACGAGGUCGCCCGCGCUCAGCGCGCCGGCGGUGGGGGUGGCCUGGCGCCGCUGCGCAAAGCGUCCUUGCUCGCCGCAGCCAAAGACCCGUUCGCGACCGACGCGCUCGAUCGUUCGACCCAACGCAAGCUCGAACUGUACCAGCAGCUAUUUUGGCAUCUUCAGACGAGCCCCAUCUACCUCGCGAGGCUGUUCGCCAAUAUGCAGCGCCUUGGCCUUUCGGACAAGGUCAUUCGUGCGAUCGAGUCGACGACGUUCGUCAUCUUUGGGUAUGCGCAGGCGCAGAGGGAAGAGUUUCUAUUGCUCAAGUUGUUCCAGGUGCGUGGGUGGAACUAAGCGAUCAUUGGUAGUCUUGGGCCGUUUGCUAACUGGAGCUUACCUUGGCUUCUGCAGCGUUCGAUCCAAGAAGAGCUUCACUUCCUGCCCUCGAUCGCCGCCUUUGUUCGGGGCCAACCCAUCUUUGCUCGGCUCUUCCUGCAGUACGGCCGCGGUACCGCCCAGCGACAGUAUCUCACGAAUGCGCUCGGACCGCAGAUCCAUGAAGUCAUGCAACGCGCCGGCCUCGACCUUCGCACGGACCCGAUCGAAAUUUAUAAGGCCAAGCUGAGCGCCGAAGAGGAUCGCACGGGGGUGCCACCGGCACGACCGGCGGAUGUCGACUACCUUGGCGCGAUCUCGGAUCGAGAGACGCGCGAGGAGUUUGGGAGACGUGAGUGCGGAUUCAGGGAUAUGGGGCUUCGCGUCGUGAUCUAAUAACUUGAGGUGCUCCCACUCACAGAUCUGGUCGCACUGAGGAGGAAUACCGACACUUUCUUGCAGGCUUUCUAUGACUCGACCCGUUCGAUGCCCUACGGCAUUCGCUACGUUGCGCGCGAGGUCCACCAAGCUCUGCACGCUCGCUUUCCCGACGAGCCUGCGCACGAACACCUUCGCGUGGCGGGCCAUAUCGUCUUUUACCGCUUCUUGCAGCCAGCGAUCCUCGCUCCCGAGACGUUCGGCAUCGUUGAAGGCGUCAUGACGCCUCGUCAGCGACAAAACCUGUCUGAGGUCUGCAAGUUGCUGAAUCAGAUCUCGGUCGGACGACUGUUUGGUGAAGACCAGCCUCACUUGCAACCGAUGAACGACUACAUCGGGGCAUGCGUUCAGGACUUUUCGCGAUGGAUUACGGACUGUGCGUUGACCAGGCUUGUUUGCUUGGUGGAGGAGCUUCGCUGACCGCGCUUGAUGACCGCCACCAUAGUGAUCAACGUCGAAGAUGCCGAGCUUCACUUCCAUUCCGACGCUUACGUCGACGCGGUUGCGGCUCACCGACCCAUCAUCUACAUCUCGCCCAACGAUAUCUAUUCGACGCAUAGUAUUAUCGCCGAGAACCUAGAUGUUGUCGCUCCCGAGCCGCACGAUCCGUUGAAGGCCAUUAUCGAGGAACUAGGGGGUGCGCCUGCUUCCAGCACGGGAGAGCUGAAUCGAGCGAGGGCCGAUACGGUGCCGUUGACGUUGAUGACGCGACUGAUGACGCAAGAAGGUGCGCCCACGACAUGCUCUAUGGGUCGUUCGAUGCCUCCUUGUGCUCACGCGUUUGCAACACUUUCACGUUUGCAGAUCCUGAUGCUCCGUCCAAGGCCCUCUUCGCGUCCGUCAAACGACGCGUCUGCGCCAUGUUAAAGGUCAAAUCGGGAACAGACCUCGAACAGCUGCUCACGCAAGAGGUCACGAUCGAUGAUGAGGAUACUUGGGCACUGGUCGUGCGAGAGGAGCUCGAGGAGGAGCGCCGACAGGCCCAGCUGCAGAGGCGGCAGAUCAUCGCCCCACUGGAUGACACGAGAAAGUAAGUGUUGAACGUGACGCGGGAGAGUGCGCAUGGAGCGUAUAAACUGAUGAGCCUUUCAUUAUUGAGCAGACUCACCUUCCACCAACUCGUCAUGGCGACUCUACGCGACGUUGUUGCGUUACGCAGGACGGGCAUGAUCUCGAGCGAAGACAAGUACCAAGCUAUCCUCAACGCCAUCGCGUCCGACAUCCGCUCCAAGCAUCACCGUCGAGUGCAGCGCGCAAACGAGCUGUCGACGAUGCAAGCGACGUUGACCUCGCUGCGGGACAAGAAGCGAUACCUGCUGGAGCAGACCAAGUCGUACCAUGUCUACAUCGACUCGUCGAUGGCUUCGAUCCAGAAAAAGACGUAGGUCGUUGACGUCCAAGAGUGCCAGCUGUGGCGAAGACUGAUCAUUUCUCCUCUGCUACUCACAGCAAGAAACGACUCGUCCUACCCUGGUCGAGUCAAGCGAGCCAUCAGCGCAACCUCGAACGCGCGGGCAAGUCGUACAAGUUCGGUUCGCACUUUUACACGGCCCAGAAGCUGUACGACAAGGGUGUGCUGCUGUCGAUCGACCAGUACUCGCCGCGCCAGUUCGAGGAGAUCUCACUCACGCUCAGCUCGAACGAGUUGGGCAAAUUUGAGAUUGCGGUCUUGUACAAGGAUACGACGGUCAAGGCCGUCGAGGUCAAGCUCGAGGAUCUGUUGGAGUCCCAAUUCGUGAGUUGGCUCGAGUGUGACCUAUUCGCAGGCGUAUGUUGACCUCACCUCUUGAUCCUACCAGGUCGGCAAACAAACGGUCGAGAUCGGUGGUGUGGCCAAGGCGAAUUUGGGUAUGCUGGUCGACCUGAUCAACCACAAGUUCUACGCCUCGUGA